AUGCGAUGCGAGGCAAUAAACUUAGCUAUUUAUAGACUCCUCACUGCGCAGAAUGUGAGGUUGAAUUGCGAGCAGAUCAAGAACCAUGCGUUCUUUUACGGUGUCGACUGGUCUACGAUCCGAGAGAUUGAUGCGCCCUUCGUGCCUCACCUCCGGUCCAUCACCGAUACAUCCUACUUCCCGACCGAGGAUUUGGGAGACGUUCCUGAUCAACCAGCGGGUGCGGAUACCAAUUCCAGCAAGGAUCUCGCCUUCUUGGG